GGGAGAGCAAGUAAGAGAGGCAGCGAUGGAGAGAGAGAGGAAGAGAGAGAGAGAGAACUGGCAGUCUGGUGGCCUUGCAUAACACACGUUGGAGCUGCCUUGCACGCAGGACUUCAUGUGAGCUUCACCAGAGAGGGGGGACUUCCUUUAUCGUCAAGCCGUCCUCAGCAGAGUAGUAGGCAGAGGGUGCUCAGCUGGGAGCCUACAGGGGGAUGUACCACUGAGCUGGACUGCCGUAGAACCCACACCUCUGGCACCGACCUGCACAAAGGAAGCAGUGAGGAGGACGAAAGCACGUCCACAGCUCCCAGGCAGCAGAAAGCUCAGGCUAUGCUUAGCAAGCAGAGGACUAUGGACUGACUGAUUUGCACUGAGCCUGUGGAGGGAGCCGGCCAGACAGACAUGAUUCCUCAUGAAGUCCAUGGAUCUCCUCCGUCGCCAGGUGUGACUCCCUGCUCCUGAGGCUGAGGUCUGGAACCAGCCAGCCGGGCAGACGGUCCUCCCUCCUCCCUCCAGCACCACACAGAGAGAGGGGCACAGACAGAUAGUAGUACUGGACAACAACAAAAACACGACGAAGCGCACAAUGAAGUCCGCUCAGGAGCGGAGUAAUGGCUGCCUGCCUCCUAAGAAACGAGAGAUCCUCGCGCUGGAGCAGCGCCCGGUGGUCGUGGCCGCCGCUGCGACAGCUGCCCCAGACAACCAGCACACAGAGAACCUGGCGUGGCUGGCCAGCGUAGCCAGCGAGCGCUGCCGGUCCACCGAGACCAGCAGUCCCCGGUUUCCCGUCUCCUCCCCCUCCUCUUCUUCCUCUGUUGCCCCCUCCCUGUCGGCGGUGCCCCUGACCUCCCUCCCCACCAUCUACCCCACGACCCUCACCCAGCAGGGUGGCACCAUACAGUAUGCCCAACUCGCACCCAACGUCCAGUUUAUAAGCUCCGCCCUCACCGGGCCCUACGCUGGCUACAUCUCUUCCCAGAUCCUCCCCACUAAUGCCAUCUCCAACCCUGCCUCUGGCCCACAGCGCCCCCAGCUUGAUGGCUACACCACCCUGGUCUCCCAGGGGAGCAAGGGCGAGCAGCAGCAGUUCCAAAUCAGCCUCUCCCCAGACCUGGCUGUCUCCUCCACCCACGUCUCCAGCCAGUACAUCCACCUGGACAGCACUCCUCUGACCGUCUCCGCCCCCUCCGGACACCUCCAGCUCCACCCUCACUCAGGGGUCCUCCCCCAUACCCUCACCCUCGGCCCCUCCCAGCUGCUGGUGCAGUACGCCGACGGCCCCCCAGCCAAGAAAGUGGAGGGGCCCAACAAGGGUCUGGUAAACGGAGACCUGGAGUUGGGACUGGGUAAGCCAACGGCUGUGGUGAAGGCAGCAGGAGCUGGACAUCCACUUAACAACCAGCAGCAGGUUCAUGGCUAUGAGGCCAGGCAUAUCCUGCUGCCGGCAGACUAUGGCCAGGAGGGCUCCGGCCUGCAGACCUCCCUGGUCCUGGUGGCCAGCCCCCAGCCCAGCACCGGACCUGAGCUGGACACUGGCCCCAACAAGAUCAUCUCCUCCCUUGUCCACACUGACAAGGGGGGCAUCUGCCUGGGGAGGCCAGUCUCCAGGACCUCCUCCUUCUCCUCCCUGUCCUCCUCCGACACCCUGAAGCCCUCCACCCCCCACACGGUCAUCCAGACCUCUCACCCUGCCGAGGAUCUGCCAGCGAGCCUCUACUCCUCCGGCCAGACCCCUAUUAUCGGCUACAUAGCCAGUACGGGCCACCAGCACGCCGUGAGCUACCACGCCACGCUGCCCCAGCACCUGGUCAUCCCUGGGGGCCAGUCCCUGCUCAUACCUGUCAGCAGCGCCGGUGGCACCCGAACCUCAGACCUGGAGGUUCCUCGCUCCAUGACAGCCACGGCCACCACCCCUCAGCUGACUACCGCCAUGCCCCAUGCCUACCUCGCCACUGCCCUGGCCAAGUGUGAGUUGCUGGGCUCCGAUGGACACCAAACUCCUCCUGUGGUCCAGGCCCAGGUUUUGCCCAUUGUCCCUGUAAACUCCACCCCUACUGUGGUAGCCUCGUCCUCAGUCGCGGCCCCAGCCCCGUCCCCUGCUGCCCCUGUCUCCAUCCAGGCUUCCUCCACCUCUCCGGCUGCCCUGCCUCCUUUCUUCAUGCGCGGCUCCAUCAUCCAGCUGGCGGACGGGGAGCUGAAGAGGGUGGAGGACUUGCGGACCGAGGACUUCAUUCAGAGCGCUGAGAUCAGCAGCGAGCUCAAGAUCGACUCAUCUACCGUGGAGAGGAUCGACUGCAGCCUGACGCCCAACGCUGUGGUCAUUCAGUUCGCUGUGGGGGAGCUCAAGGCUCAGGUGUGUGUGGAGGUGCUAGUGGAGUACCCCUUCUUCGUAUUUGGCCAGGGCUGGUCAUCUUGCUGCCCUGACCGGACCACCCAGCUUUUCGAGCUGUCGUGCGCCAAGCUGUGUGUUGGCGACGUGUGUGUGUCCUUGACCCUGCGGAGCCUGAGGAAUGGCUCCCUGAUUGCCGGCCAGGGGUCAGAGAUCAAGCUGAGGAGCAGCCAGGGCCCGGAGCCCUUCCAGGGGCCUGGCCAGUGCUCGGACUCCCCUGUCAGGACCAGUCCCAAUCAUACUGCACAUAAAGCAGCCAAUGCAGACUGUCUGGAGAAGGAUAGAGGCCCAGGCCCAAGCACGGGAACCACAGGGAGCGCUGAGCUGAGACAGAUCGAACAGAGGAGAACACAGUCGGCCGAUGCGGACAAACCGCUGGGCCGUAAGCGGCGCUGGUCAGCCCCGGAAAGGGACCAGACAGAGAAGGCGGAGGAGGAGCCGCCCAUGACGCUGCCCAAACCCUCCUUCCUCCCUCACGAGGUGAAGGUCAGCAUCGAGGGCAGAUCCACCACUGGCAGCUGAGGACUGGGAAAGUGUCACUUCUGGGGAAAAGAGGAUAACAAAAAUUGAAUGUUUGUGAUAUAUCGUUUGUGCUUUUCUUUUAUCUCUACCCUUAUUCAGAUAACUGUAAUAUAGAGUGAGUUUACACAGUAUUUACAUUUGUAUUGUUACAUACAGGCGAAGUUAGGACGUUAUGGAGGUUAGUGCAAUUAACCCUGAGAAAGGCCAAGAGCAAUGAGCUGGCUGGGGACUGAGCGUAGAAGCCACACAUCCAAGAUAAGCUCACCGCUUGACACCAAUGAUAAGAUGAGUCUUGUGAUACAACUUUUUUUAACAGACAGACCAAUCAAGCAAUGUCACAUGUAGUUCCAUGUG